AUGGCAAGCGCUGCAAUAGCACGUAGUAACGUCGUGGGCAUUAUAGGGAAUGUCAUUUCUUUUGGGCUUUUCUUGUCACCGGCGCCAACGUUUUAUCGGAUAAUAAAGAAGAAGUCGGUGGAGGAGUUCAAGCCAGACCCUUAUCUGGCAACAGUCUUGAACUGUGCGUUUUGGGUGUUCCAUGGAAUGCCUUUCGUCCAUCCUCACAGCAUUCUCGUCGUCACCAUCAACAGUGUUGGCCUUGUCUUUGAAUUUGCCUAUCUCAUCAUAUUCCUCAUCUACGCCCAAAACAAAGGACGCAAGAAGGUAUUUUUGUGCCUUUUAGCGGAGGCUAUUUUCUUUGCUGCCAUUGUCCUGAUAACAUUGUUGGUGCUACAUGGGACUGUAACGAGGUCGUUGGUGGUGGGCAUUCUCUGUGAUGUCUUUAAUAUCAUGAUGUAUUUGUCUCCACUCACAAUCAUGGUAAAGGUAAUAAAAACCAAGAGCGUCAAGUACAUGCCCUUCUGGCUCUCUCUGGCUAACUUCUUAAAUGGAUUGUGUUGGACAGCAUAUGCUUUGAUCCAUCCCUUCGACAUUUACGUCCUGAUUAGUAAUGCUUGCUAUUGUUCCCAUGCACAACCAAAAGUGGACGAAGAUGCUUCAAAGCCAAAUGAGGUUCAGCUUUCUGCCAUCGAUGCAAGCGCCAACGUCUGA